CUCUGGUUGGAUGUUAGGUUCAAGGGAAUUGCAAUGAUCAGAAACCUCAGAUGGAGUUUCACAGUAGGUCUAUAACAUUAUUAUCAUUUUUGACAUUGUUUUUGUGGCUUGUUGCUUUUGACUGCUUUCCUUGCUCAGCCUUUUCAAUGCAGUUUUGCAGAAAAAUACUUGCACCUGUCUAGUUGUUUGCAAGGAAAUGUAAAUGCUUUGUCCAUUUGAUUGCAGUGUUUCUAACCUUUUCAGCAGAUCAGACAAAGACAGAUGAGACAAAGUUCUUUCCAAUUGAAAGUACUUUCCGGGUUUUCUCAUCCAAGGAUUGUAGGGUUAGUUUGCCAAUAUCCGUAGAAGUGUAAAAGUCCUCUUUUGCACCAUCUUUUUUUUAGACAAGUCUAAGUCAGAUUGGAUUCUGGCUACAACAAAUGUUUUAGUUGUUAAAAUCUCAAUAUAUAGUGGAAAGUUCUUGGAAGCAAAUUAGUGCUGUCCCUCAAUGUUGAGCCAGAAUUUGUAAAUAACUGGUAAACUGUCAUUUAGUUCACAAAUAUCUGAAGCUGACAUUUGCCUAAUGAAAAGUGAUUGUAAUCUGCGAGAGCCAAGGAGAGCACAUCCAGAACCCGCUCCAGUUUCCCGCUUUGCACGGUUAACCUUUGUGGUUCGAAUGGGGUUUUUUGAAUAUGUUGAUGAAAUUAGCCCUCUGUGAUACGUUCAAGGCGGCAUUUGUGAGUCAGGCUCAGCUCCGGGCAGAUGGCAGCAGGAACGCUGCAGAAGGUUUGCUUGAUAUUCAUCAGGAGAGCUGACCUCUGCCAUGAUGUAUUCUAGCGUCCAACAUACUUCCCUCUGUGUUCCCUUCUGCAUAAUGAAUGGAUGCAGAAAGUGAAAAACAGGCAUCUCAGUUUCAUCUUUGCCUCUAUGCAGUCACCGGUUGCUUGGGUAAAAUGGAAAGUGUAGAAAGUGUUCCAGAGUAAAUCAAUAAAGUUCAUGUUGUAUGAUGAAAAGAUCUCACUCUAUAAAAGGGUCAGUAAAAAAGUUUGUUUUCUUUUUCUUUUUAGAAAUUUGGAGUUGUUAACAGAAAAUGUUUGACUUUACGUUGUAGCAAAGGCUUAGAUUUCAAUUUUUCAUCAGAAUUUUGUAAAUACAUCUAUCAAUAAGAUUUUUUAAAUCCUGGAUAUAAAAUUUAACUAGUGAUCUAGCUCUAAAUAUUUGCUGCUUAUUUAACAGCAUAUAAGUUUAUUUGCUGUUAAAAUCAGCCUUCAUCAAAAGGCUGUUUAACACUGUUACGUGGGUCAAGGUUUUCUCCCUUAUGACAAUACGUCAUAAUACUGUCAGCUUCUAUCUAAAAGCCACCAAGAUAAUAUACUUGUGUUUUUUUAAAAACACAUAUUCUUUGCAAAGCAAAGCACAUAAAAAAGAAACUAAAUUACAAUAAACACAAUGAUUCAUAAAAACUAAAAUCUGUCGUAUCUAAAUACUUGAUGCAUAAAAGCCAAACAUCCUCAUUUGUCAUGUGUGAUGCCACAAUGCCGAAAUGACCUUCAUUUUAUUACAUGUACCUGAUGCUUCACUGUCUCUGAUUCAAUCAGCACCCAAAAAGAUGCUUCGUUAUUAAAGUUUUUGAAGAGCUAGGUUGUUACAGACAGAGAAACAAUGAGUGCUAUAUAAACUAUGUGACAAUUCUGUCUCGAAUUCAACUGAGAGUAAGACCAUAUUAGUCUUACUCUCUUGUUUCUUAGUGACAUUAACUGUCUACACCUUGGCGUUUUGGACUCUGAAGUCUACAUAAACUGUUUCACGUUCUGAAUGUCAAAUCUAAAUGUCAAAUAUUAGAAAAAAGUGAUUUACAUAAAUCCUGAUAUCUAUAAUCAAGUUGGGUUUUUUUUCUAGUCCUUGAUUUAUUCAUUUCAUGAAUGGCCUCACUAUAAACCUGCUGAAAUUGAUUGUAAUUGAGGUGUGUAUUUGUGUAUGGUCCCACUUAGGGCAAUGUCAAUGAAUAAAAGCCUUAAAACCCAAAAACUGAUAUAAUAUAUAAUAUCCAUGAUAUCCAUAAUAAUAUCAAUAUUCCAAAAACUCACAGAGCACUAAUUAGUCUAUUUCCUUAAAAUAAAAACUUGUAGAGCACAAUAAUAAACCUACCAAAAUUAACCUGUCCAACAAUGCUGACAAGCCAGGCCAGGAGAGCAUCAAUAAGACAAACAGCCAAGAAUCCCGUGCUGAUACAGCUAUUAUCUGUGCACAUUUGGACCUUAAGGCCUGCCAUAAGCUAUAAAUGGGACACAGCAAACAUUGAAGAAUGGACUCUGUUCAGAUGAGAGAAACUGAUUUUUUUUCUAAAAUGCCAAUAACCAUGAACACUACAAUUUCCACAAUGAUUCCCAUAAUGAUUAUUUUGCUUACAUUUCUUGUUGCUAAAUGAACUAUUUGAUUUUAUAUUCUUUAUUGUAUCGCUGAUCCCAGAAAUAAUACAACUCAUUUCAAUGUGCCUAUUUUCAGGUAUAUUGUUAGAAGCAUUCUUUAUUCAGUGAAUUUCCUCUUUGCCGUACAUGCACCGUCUGCUGAACAUGUUCUGAGGCUGGCCAUAAACAUAUUCAUCUGGUCUUUUUCUCACAUUGUUCUCAGGCUGAUACCAUGCAAAGGUGAAUUAAAACUAACCCUGUGAUAACAGAAGGAGUUUAAGACUGUCUUCUCCAAGCAGACAGCAGGCACACACAAGCACAGUGUCCUGCACAUGCACACCAGAAUGAACCCCGCUGGGUUGUGCCAUCACAUUUUGCAGGAACUCUGUUGUCGCUCACAUAGAUGAGGGCAAACACACCUGGCACACUGUAAGCAUGGACGUGAUACCUGUGAGAAUGUGUCACCCAGCACUGUUCCCACUGCAGUAGUGGGAGCAGUGAAAGGAUAUGUGCUUUCUUUUUUAUGACUUUGUAUGUUUGGGUGGUGCAGAAUAAAUUUGUGUGCACCUCAGUUGAUGCAGGAUGGAUAAUAUUUUUUAUUUGUAGAAAAGAAUAGAGAAAUUGUUCAUUUGUGAAUGCUGAAAAUUUAUAUUUGUGUGUGUGAGUGCAUGCUUAAAAGUGUGUGCGUGGGCGUGGGGGGUUUGUGUGUGUAAGUGAAGAAGGGGGUGAUAUAGGACAGGUGCUUUAAGAGAACCCCUUUGACUCUUUGUCUUGUCACUAAUUGGGUUUAGGGUCUGUAUAUGCACAUGUGUGUUGGUUUGUGCAGAAGUGUAUUCUUGUGUUCUCAUGGGAAAGCUUUGGCUUUUUUGCAAUCCUAUUCUUUGAUUACCUGGGUUUUCACCGUACCUCAGAAUACUCAGAAUAUUGUCUAAAAGGGCUAAAGAAAAACACUUUCUAGAGCUGUUCACACAUUUGAGACUUUUACAGUGUUCACAGCAUUUGCAAAAAACAUUGCAUGUAGCAGCUUCUACAAUGAAGAGUGCUGUUGUCCGCACCAGCUGGCAGGAGCUCAAUAUAGCUUAUUCAUGGAUUCAAGAAAGAAAAAAUGUCGCAGUUUUGAGCUUCUGACUGGUAGGUGACCAGUCAGAACUGAUGAAGCUGAAAAUUGUGAGAUUUUGGUCACCAAUCUCUUGGUGCUCAAAUACAUCUGCCAUCCAAAAUUUACUUAUUACAGACUCUGAAUGAUCUUUUUUUCUGUGAAAACUCAGAUAAGAAUUAGAAUAUAACUUCUGCAUUAAACUUGUUUAAAACAAUGAUGGUUUUCUCUCACAGUGUACAAAUAGUCAUGCAUUCACCAGCUGGGACCUUGGUCUACAGCCUGAGUGGGAGUUCUUGGCUUAGACAAAGUAGACAGAGAAAAAAUAUUUUAAGGAUGAUUCUGGUAUUGGUGAGAUAUCUUUUGUAUCACCAUCACAGUCAGUUGUUUUUGUAACACUUUAGAUUCAGCUUUGGCUUAUUCAAAGAUAAUAGUGCUUAGUUUUUGAUUGUUUUGUUUAGUUUAAUUCUGAAAAUAUUGGAGUUUAAUAAAAAAAAUAAAAAAUUCUGUGGCAAAAAUGACUGUAUUCCAUAUUUAUUUGGUUGAUACCUCCAUUUAUGACGUUUAAAUGGAAAUUUGAAACAACACAAGUUAAGAGUGUCUCCCAUCACUAAUUUUGCUCAUUUUGGGGGGAUUAAAAAGAUGAGUAAACUCAUUCAAGAUAAUCUGUGUCAGGUCCUACUCCAAGGAAGAACUUUGUUAGUGCAUUCUCUCUAAAUUUGCAUGCACUUAAGCAAGCUGAAUCGUGCCUGCCACCCACUAGUUAUUUUCCACCUGGUGCCCACCUACACCUACAAUAGUGAAGCAGAGCUAAGGAUAAACACAAAUACAGACAAAACAGAAUGCGCAUGGUGGUCACACUCUUCAGAUUAACCUCUAUUCACACUGAUGAGACCCAUUGUCUUUACCUAGAGCUCUCUGCAUCCAAAGCACAACACACACACCGCUCUGAAACAAUGGUAAUUGUGACCUAUCUUCUCGAACAGUAACUCUGUUUUGGUUUGGACUCUUUGAGGUCAGAACUCCAGGUCAGUCUGCAUCAACCUGAAACAAAAACAGAGGCAAUUAAUGUCCCAAAGCUCCCGCAAGACAUGUCAAGGUGUGUGGUUGAAGGAACGUGUUCGUCAAAGUUGUUCAAAAGUUGAACAAAAGUAUUUCAAGCUAAAUUGGCGGUUAACUUUAGCUUUUACAAUUUCAAAAGUAGCAAUAAAGACAUUUGGUUACUUGGAUUGUAAUUUCUUCGUAACACGUCUUAAAUGAUAAUAAAAAGAAUUGUCACCUGUAUUUCAGGAACAUGUAAUCCUUGACUUUAACUUUCAAAUCCUUCUGCAUUUGCAUGAAGUGCUUUUUCAAGGUUUAUCCACAGAUCUUACUCUAUAUUAAUCUCACGAAAUGAAGGGGAUAUGACAAACACCUUGCCUGCACUUGCAGAGAUAAAUCAUUAGGAAUUUUGACAUGUUUGAGAUAAUUAUCCCCAGAUGGAAGCCUCACAUGAGUCUUUUACACAGGUGUAAUGCUUGCUUCCACAGUUUUGCAAUACAUAUUUCGCUUCUUAAAAAUAUAUUCUAAAAACCUGGCUUCAUAUGUGCUAACAUGAGAGCAGAGUAAAACUGCAGCUUUGCAGAGUGGACAGAUCCUUUCUUAGUAUCUUGUGCAAUCAAAUGGGAUUAUUAGGUUCAAUCAGUCCUACAAACUGUUUUUGAAAGCCCAAACUUGACCUUCAUCAUUUACGUUAACUCUCAUUUUGUAAUUACAUUAUGAAUUCAAUCAUAAACUCUACAGAAUACCUUAGUGUUAAGCACCUACUUUGAUGUUCCCAUUGAUGAAAUUUAAUGGAACGGGGUUGGAAGAGUUAAAGUACACCUAAAGGACAGAGACAUUAACUACACAGCUUUAAACAAGUCAAAACAUCAAGAUGCUACAGAGAAACUUUAAAUUUUUUUUCACACUCAGGGCACAAACCUUUGUGUACAGUGUAAUAGUGCAUAUCUGUGAAGUGGUGCUAAGGUAAGUCAUUGUCUUAAAAAUUAUAUAAAGUAAAAAUAUAAAACUUGAGGUGUGCUUUGGUCCCAACCCCUUUAUUCUCAUACCCCUAAUUCAAUCAAUACUCUUGGUUGUUAUGAAUUGUCUUCAGAAAUUGCAUAAUUAGUAAAAGAAAGUCUGCCUUUCUGUAAUAUAAUUUCAUAGUAAAUACAGUUGUUCUGUGAUGUUCUCAGAAGUUUGUUAAGAAAAUUAUGGAGAAAAUUGUGGUUGUUACUUCCCAGUAGCAAUUUAGGAGACAUAUUAACAUGCAAAACAUCUGUUGUGAUGACACCGAAUGUGAAAGUAGGUAGUAGUAGAAAUUGAUGGAGAUGAACACAGAAUGUUGCUUUUCAUCUAAUCUGACAGAAUUGAGUCAUUUUGCAAAGCAGUAGAGAAAAUGCUUCAGUCUGUGCACAUGAAAACAUAAAUAAAUUACAUUGAUGUUUGUGACUAUAACAAAAAAUAUAUCUGUAAAUGUUCAGUGUAUGAAAACUAUUAUGAGGUUAUACAAAUACGGUCUGGAACCUUUUUUUAAAGCACUAAGAGUUCAGAUCUUUCAUUCUGAACAAGCUUUAGGUGGUCAUGCUCUUCCUUUACUGGUACAUGAAGAUUAUUACUUCACAAACAAAACAAGUUGUAAAUGAUGCUCUGAUUUAAGGUUUAUAUGUUCAGGGAACUGAAUUCAUUUCGAACUCUACUUCUAUGUGUAGUAGACAUUUCAACCAAUGUAAUUUGCUAACUUGUAUUUUCAAAUAAACAUUAAGAAACUAUAGAGUUUUUGUGUUUGCUUUACUUUGCUAUUGUUUCUUCACAAUCUUGUAAUUAUGGAGACAGAAAGAGACGGAGGUAAAGAGGCAGAGGGGAAAAGGAGAUCAGGUUUCUCGGCAGCUCUGUACCCUAAUCCUGGAUUUGGAAAUGGGAUGAGAAGAACAUAGGUAAGUACAAACAACAAGCAAUUACAGCACUGACAUAGAAUUGAAAGGUGGGGGGAGAGCAGCUAGACAGGAAACGGGGAAUCUCAUAGGUUGUGAGAGGGGUUGGUUAGAUGUAGGUGGGAUAUAAAUACCUGCAGUAGACUAGGGCAGAAAAAUGCUGAGGGCAUGACAGAUGCUGACUUGCAUUGAUCGACGAAGGUUAUAACAAACCAGCAGGGCUGCAUUAUUUAGCUCUCAUUAGAGGAGACUCACAUUUCAGCAGGUGUAACAGUGAUUUUAAAUCGAACAUGAACCAUUUUGGUAUUCACCUCGUUUGAGGGUAGGGUUUUGCUUAAAACUUUAAAGAGUUUUGGCGGAGUUGCUGAAAGGAAAAAAAAAAAAAGUAACCUCUCGCAGUUUUCUACUCUCCUAUUCCCAAGUGCCUCAAGGGAGAUGCAUGCUUGACUGAGCCAGAGAAAAAAGGACAAGAAAAGAAGACCAUACUCGAGGUGUAAGACAACUAACGCAGCCAGAAAAAGACAGCAGAACAAGAGAGGCCAAAGAAGACAAGACGGAAUCUCAAGAAAGAAGGCAAGAUGACAGAUUUUAGGAAUGCAAUUUAGAGAAGAAAACAUCAAUGGAAAACAAGACCAAAUAAAGUGAGUUAUUGUGCUUUAAAGGAAAGAAAGCUUUUAAAGAGACAAACAUCAGUUAACACUAAGGCUGCUAAAGAAAGCCAAAGAAACAUGGCAUGCCAGGGAUUUGGUGCCGAUCCCUUCACCCCGCUGGCAGGCGAUUCACCCUUACCAAUCCUCAUGCACCAUGGCUCCACCGGUGACUGUUUACCAGCCACAUCCCAUGCUCACAGUAUGGUUUCUGCAGGAUUGUCCCUGGGUCAGACUUCUAAGAGGUCCCACAUGCACCUGUCCACUUCCUCUCUUGGGAAUGCCCUCAGUAAUGCUCCUCCAAGUUUGCAUUACCCAGUCACCCCCUGCCAUUACAGCAACCAGCAAGCAACCUACGGCAUGAUGACAGCCCAGGAGAUGCUUUCUGCUAGUAUAUCUCAGACGCGUAUCCUGCAAACCUGUGGCGUCCCUCACCCCAACAUGGUGAGUGCUGCAAAUCCAUUACAAGGCUCUCUGACUCCUUGCAUAUAUAAGUUUCCAGAUCAUGGACUCAGUAGCAGCUCUUGUGCUUUAAGCCACGGUUUUUCCUCGCUGCCGUCUACACUCCUUUCAGCCGACGAGGUCUCUGGGGGCCCCGGCGGAGAAGUGAAAGGUGACGCACAGCGGAAAGGGAUGCGGGAGCAGGAAGAAGCUCCCCCUAUGGACUCCCCACAGAUACGUGAACUGGAAAUGUUUGCUAAUGACUUCAAAAUACGCCGGAUCAAACUGGGCUACACUCAGACUAAUGUAGGCGAGGCUCUUGCCGCAGUGCAUGGCUCAGAGUUCAGCCAGACCACGAUCUGCCGCUUUGAAAAUUUGCAGCUGAGCUUUAAGAACGCCUGCAAACUCAAGGCCAUUCUGGCAAAAUGGCUUGACGAGGCUGAGCUGGCUGGUGCGUUGUACAGUGAUAAAACUGGAAUGAAUGAGCGGAAGAGGAAAAGGAGAACAACCAUCAGCCUGGGAGCUAAGGAGGCCCUGGAGCGAAGCUUUGUGGAGAAAACUAAGCCAUCCUCUCAGGAAAUAGCCCGGAUAGCCAUAGGCCUCCAUCUGGAGAAGGAGGUGGUCCGAGUGUGGUUUUGCAACAGACGCCAAAGAGAGAAACGUGUCAAAACAAGUCUCAGCCUGAGCUCCUGUUUGACCAAAAUCAAUCCAAACUGUCUCGCGCAAAUAAGUAAAACCCAAAGACCACUUACAUAAACUGAAGCUCUAAAUUGGCUUCUGAGCUAAUGCGACGGAGGCUCUUUCAUGACCACAACUUUUCUGACAGUUCCAAAAGUAAUAAAUUCAGUAACAUGCAGGAAUGGAGAUGCAUUUAUGAAAACCUUUGUAAAAAAAAAUAAACAUUCCUUGUGUUUCUUGUAUUAACUAUGAAUGUACUGAAAUCUAUUAGAAAUUAAUUCAGUUAAACAAUCCCUCGCAAAAAAUAUCCAUACCCUCAUACGACAUAUUCUUCACCGAGAAAGAACACAAAAUGGUACCAAAUUAUGAAGUGGAAGGAAAAUGACAAAUGAUAUUCACACUUUUUAACAAAUGGCAUCAAGUUUUUUGUUCCAAGAUGUUUUUUGUUGUUUUUUCUCAGCUUUACUGAGUUAAUACUUUUGAGAACCAACUUUAAUUGUUACAGCAGCAAAUCUUUUCAGGUAUGCCUCCAGCGGCUUUGCACAACUGAGGAUUGAUUUUUAUUUAUUUUUUCCAGUUGAAGUUCAUUUGAACUGAACCACAUUGAACAACAGUAAAAGCUAAUCACCCAAUGUGAUUUUCUCUGAAGGUACCGUGCCUUUACAGAUCAGCUGAGUGCCUUUCUGAAAGCUUUAAUCUACAACAUGUCCUUCAGCUUGUGCUUACUUGUUCCAAGAAAAAGUGAAAAAAAAUACUGAUGAAAUUUCCAUCUAUUUCUUUUUUGACAUAUUUGUGUUCUUCAUUGAUGUUUUGCCUUGCCCUAUCUUAAUCAAACUACGGUACUUGAAAAAAUGUAACUGAAGUUAAAACAAACAUAUAUUUAAAUUUUGACAACUUAUUUAUUUGAAAACUAAUAUAUUGCGUCAACAUGUUUUGCUGCAAUUUGUUUAUUUGAUGGACAAUUUAGAGUUAAAUAUGAAACUUUUAGACAGUAUAGAGCUUUUUAGUCUGUUAUUUCUGUGAUGUUUUGAUUUUGCUGGUGCUUUGUGUUGCUUGCUGAUGUGUCAUACAAUGGGAAUCAUCAGCCAGCACUGACCCUGACCCUGUUGGACUGACUGAUGUGACUGAUGUGAAAUGUCCAAACUUUGACAGUUUGGACCUUGUAUUACUGUAACUACAACUUACAUCAAGCGCCAGUAACUGCGGUCUGGAACAGCUUGAAAUUGAUUUAGGAGAUCGAUAUAUAUGUUACAUAAAAUCUCAGCAAGACUGAUAGACAGUUUCUUUAUUCUUGCCAAAAAUGUCCAGUACUCCUUUGGUAAAAUGAACCGUCUGUCUGAGUAAUAGAUACUGGAAUGUAUUCUAGGUUCAAACUGUGAAUUGAGUGUUAUGAUGAAAUAUUUCACCUGUGCCAAGUCUUGUUUUUACAGCUCUAUUAUCAAAUCAAUGCACACAUUAGGGAGACAGAGUGGGGAUUCAUAAAUAAAACCAGCCGACGCUUUAAUUCAGGAACAAACUGUUUCCGUUGUGACUUAUGUUGGAUUAUAUAACUCGAGUGCUGCCAGGGGAAUUAAAUGCAGCGGGGUUAUGGACUGCCAAUGCAAUUCUUAGGGUGUGAAAAGUUAAAGACAAGUUAUGCCUUAAAGAGACUUGGUGAAAAGCUUCUUUGGCAAGAGUGAAAGUGCCUUUGUGUUAUUCAUGCUGGCUCUAAGGGUAGUGUUGCAAAUUUAUAAGUUAGUUUUUGGUCUCUUUUAACUUUCUAUACAUGUGAGAUUGUGUGAAUAGUUAAAAUGCAGGAAAUUUCAAAGCUAAACUCAGCAAAUUAUUGACGGUAUUACCUGCUUUCUGUCAUACCAUGUAAAUAUCUAAUGCUAUUGUAAAGGAAACACAUCAUGGUUUUCAUAUAUAUUGUUUAAGCAACAAAAUACUGUUUUCACUAAAGAAUGCAUGUAAUUUCUUGUCAGUGCAAACCAUUCUGGUGUCUUUAUUUGUUUUUUUUUUUUUGUUUUGUUUUUUUCAGAGUUGUCUGUAAACAAGCUCUAAAACUCAAGUUAUUUUGUGGCUGUGCAGUCAUGAUCAAAACCUUUAAGACAAAUGUAGUUGUUCCAGAUUUAUGGCUUCAGUUUUGCUUAAUCGUUUUUCUUUCAAUGUUGUAUGUUUAUGGUAAAAGAAAUGGGUAAUAAACAUUUUAUCAGUUCAAAAGGUUUUUAUUAAAAAAUGCAUAAGGUUUAUAAAAAUCAUUGCAAGGUUCUCAGUGGGAUUAAGAUCUGAAUAACGCCCUGGCAAUGAGCCGUAAUUUCUAUAUUUGACCUUGAGCCACUCAGUUAUCCAUUUUUCUCUGGAACAUGCUCCACCACCACCAUGCUGGGGAAAACAUUGUUCAUCACUACUUUCCUCUUGGACGAUGUUUUGUUAUAGGUAUUUGGUCAUAGCAGUGUUUUUGGCUAAAAUUGUAAGUCCACUCCCUUAGAGGAGAGACAAUCCCCGGACUUGAAUGUGCUCAGGUUCUUCACACAGCAUGACACAAGAUUCAUGGUGAGGUUCAUAGUUUUCAUCUCUGCAGUCAGUUUCACAGAUGUUACAAGAAAACAAAACAUUUAACCAGCCAGGGCUGGCGUACAUUUUGUGGAAUAUUAUUUCUUCUUGAUGUUUCCUUUGGGUUGAAGUUGCACCAUUGAGGUCCUGACACCAGCCCAGCACCCAAAGGUUUGACCUUGAACAAUCACCACACUGCAGAAGAAAUGAUCACUUACUUGAAUCCUUUUUGCAAUAACAGUUGCUCAACUUUCUUGGUUUGCUCUCUGCAUUGCAAAUAAGGGUUUUGGAAUUACUGUAAUUGAUUCACUUACUAAAUAAUUGCAUUUCACCCUAUCGCACUCCAAUUACAUUGCUUGCGAAUUAAUCUUUAAACUGUCUUUGUAAUGGCACCAUAUGAUGGAAAUGUUGGUAAAGGCUGCCAUAUACACAGAAAUGAGCCAAAAUCAUUGGUUUGUCAGGAUACUUCUAUAAAAACGUUUUCUUUGUGCAAACUUUAUUUUGUAGGAAUUUAGGCUUACAGCAGAGAUACAUUUUAAGCGAGUAUUUUUUCUCAGCAUUUUUCUAAUAAGGGUGUUGACAUGAAACUCACACUAGAUGUCAGCAACAACCAAACUACAGUUUUUCUCGGUCGCUGAGUUGGUGCAUUUCUCAGAACAGAAUUGAAAUUCUCAAAACUACUUGUUCAAUUUUCAAAUCAAUUUGUCACUUGUACACAUAAAAAUAUUAUUUCUUGUUCCUUUUAACAAAUUGCAAAGCUUUUGGACAUCAUACAGGUUACUUACGCUCAGUUCUCUGCUUCUUCCUACAUUUUCAAUUGCUUUUGUCAUGUUGAUCAAAAUGCAUUAUUUGGGUCUCUGUUGAAUUGUCUCAACCUCCACAAUAUUUAAGCAUUAUUUCAUUCCAUGCAAAAUGCUUGAGCAAGUUACCAUAAUAUGUUAAGCAUGUAUCUAGAUAUUUCCAUUAGAAAAGCCAAUGCCUCACCAGUAAUGAUCAUCACCACAGCUCACUGACUUAGAGUGAAGUGACACAGUAAGAAGAGCCAUUUCAGCCAAAACUAAAUAAAUAAAUAUAUAGGGAAAAUAAGCAGCAGAAUAUUUGGACAGUCCAAGGUAACACUGGUAGAAUAGAGUCUGAUGAGAUGCAAUGAGAUGCAAUCAGUUGAACUCUUUAGAUGUCCCUUUGAAUACCAUAUUUGGAGAAGAAAUAGAACAAAUUACCACAAAAACAUUUUCUGGAGUAAUGUGGGGGUAGUAACAUCAUUGUUUCUGGCUGUUUUUCAACAUAUGGAACUGACAUCAUGUAAUCAAAGGAAUGGUGUAUAUAUAAAUGUACUGAGGCGUUCUGGGUAAGAAGCUGACACUGAAAUAAAUGUUCUAAGCAAAACAAUGAUCCAAACAAACUCACUUUGUUUCUUGUAAGAACAAUACAGCAAAAAUACAAAUCUGGAGCCUUUACAAUCUACCGAGUCAUCUUUGAACUCAGUCCAGCUACAGAAAACUUUAGUCACAAAUGUUGCAUGACCUUUUA